AUGGAGGAUGAUCAUCGGGAUAUAGGUGAAAUAGCAAGAAGUUGUAAUAUGAAUAAACCUAACAAUGUUGUAGCUCCUAAAUUAGGUUUGAAAGCAUCUCAUGUUUGGAAUUAUUUUGACAGAGUUUUAACUCCUGGCAUGAAUAGUUUUAAUGGUUCAUCUGAAAGUGUUUUGUUAGAUUUUCCAAUAGCUCGUCAGGAAAGAUCAUAUGAUCAGCUUAACAACCAGCAAUUCUACUUACAUUCAAUUCAACCAGUUCAAUUUUUCCAACAAAUCGUUGUUCCUCAAUCACGAACAACGGUGGCAUGUGUACCACCAACUACAACACAACCAGAAUGGAUAGAUCUACAACAACAGCUCGAUAUAGGGGCUAAAGUUCAUCCUAAUUUUGCUUCUUCUAUGAAGAUUCCUUUGACCCAAUCUACAACAAGGAAAAAUCAGUCGAUAAGGCCUACCUAUGAAUUAUCGGAAGAGGAACUCAUAAAUGACAAAUGGGCAUGGCGCAAGUAUGGUCAAAAGUAUAUAAAAGGUUCCCCAUUUCCAAGGAAUUACUAUAAGUGUAGCACAUCAAAACAUUGUGAAGCAAAGAAACAAAUUGAGAAAAGCUCAAAGGAUGAGAACAUUUUCUUUGUAUCUUAUUCCGGUAAUCACAAUCAUGAUCCACCCAUAAGCCGCAGAUAUCUUUCUAGCUUCAAAAAUAAUUCCAAAUUCAAGCUUCCAAAAAGCAUAAAUAUUUUCCCCAAAGAAUCAAUCUUUAAUGCAUCAUCAUCAUCGUCCAAGCGCAUUAAGCAUUCAACAGAUGUUGCUUCUUCAAUUAUCGGAACUAAGCCUCCACUUGAAAUUGGGAGCAAAAACAAAAUGCUUUUUGCGGUCAUGCAGAACAAAGGUGAUAGUAAAGAAACGAUACACAUGAAUGAAGAUAUUUUCAUGGGUAUUGAGGAACUCCAAAUUGGUACUACUUCUACCUAAUAGGAGGAAAAUGACAGGAGAAAUUAAUCUUUCUCCCCUCUCCACCAAAUUUCUAUGUCGUCAUAUGUGGUCUUAUAGUCAUGGUUCUGUUUUAGGUUUUUAGUGUG